CGCGGAACAAGCUACGGUCUCCUGUACAGGCCAGAAGGCAUGGUGUCUUUGUGUCUUUUGUUUUCGCGUUUUUUUAAGAAGACUGGAAAUGGUCUAACUGUGAACCCGGAAGGUGGAACGCGCACUUCACAAAUGAAGAGGCAACCAACUGUCAAGCAGCACCUUGUGAAUGGGAAAGGAGCAGAGUGAGGUUACGGAACAGAGGCUGGUACCGUGACAUGGAGAUGCUUAAAAAACGAUUUCCUUUCCAUCGAAAGCCUCCCUAUCCUGAUCCAGUGCCACUGAGGAAAAGGAAAUCGCAGUUGUAUGGCACGGAGAAUGGGAGUUCAGGACGACAGGCAGGUAUUAUUGGAGCAAAUCCUUCCGUGGUACUUUUUAGCGUGUGUUUUCGUCUUCUCAACUGCUUCCUAGUACAAACCAGCUUUGUACCAGAUGAAUACUGGCAGUCACUCGAGGUGGCUCACCGCAUCACCUUUAAAUAUGGUUAUUUAACAUGGGAAUGGACACAGGGACUACGGAGUUACUUGUACCCACUCUUCUUUGCCAGCAUUUAUAAAGUUUUGCACCUUCUGAACAAAGACACAGUGCAGCUUCUGAUCAUCACCCCACGUAUUGUCCAAGCACUUCUUGCGGCGUUUUCAGAUGUCAAACUGUAUUCAUUAAUGAGAAGACUGGAAAGUCCAGACGUUGCCAGAUGGGUGUACUUUUGUCAGUUGUCUUCCUGGUUUACAUGGUACUGCUGCACAAGAACCUUAACAAACACCAUGGAGACUGUUUUCACAAUAAUAGCUCUGCACUAUUAUCCCUUGCAGGGUUCAAAGACGCAAAACAGUUUCAAGUAUCUCACUCUGGUUGCUUUGGCAGUCAUCAUCCGACCUACAGCAGCUAUCAUUUGGCUUCCUUUGCUAAUUUUUCACUUUUUUCAAGAAGACAAUAAAGUGAAAUUACUCCUGUAUAAUGCUGCUCCUGUAGGGAUAUUAAUUCUUGGAAUUUCUACAUUCAUCGAUUCUUUCUGUUUUGGGAAGUGGAUCCUGGUUCACUUAAACUUCCUGAAGUUCAACGUAAUUCACGAUGUUGCAUCAUUUUAUGGCUCCCAUCCAUGGCACUGGUAUUUCACUCAAGGGAUUCCAGUGGUCCUCGGUCCACACCUUCCAUUUUUUAUUCAUGGCACACUUUUGGCCCCAAAAAGAUACAGGAUACUACUCCCGGCUAUAGUCUGCACGGUUAUAGUGUACAGCUUGAUGGCUCACAAGGAAUUCCGGUUUAUUUAUCCCAUCCUACCUUUCUGCAUGCUGUUCUGUGGUCACUCGCUGGCAAAGCUAAGACGUUGGAGGAAGCCAGCUGUGUAUUUUCUGCUCUCCUUCAACCUGCUGCCAGCUCUGUACACUGGGCUUGUCCACCAGCGUGGCACACUGGACGUCAUGGCUCAUAUUCAGCAGCUCUGCCAGAAAGACAGCGCUGACAGCUAUGUGCACUUCCUCAUGCCUUGUCAUUCUACUCCAUUCUAUAGUCAUGUCCAUUGCCCAAUUCAAAUGGAGUUUCUGCAGUGUCCCCCAGACCUGAGUGGAAAUCAAAACUAUAUGGAUGAAGCAGACGUAUUUUAUUCUGAUCCAAUGAAAUGGCUUCAGCAAACAUUUCAUGCUGAAGCUCCAAUACCAACCCAUCUUGUGUUUUUUGAUAACCUGGAAAAGGACAUCCACUUAUUCUUAGAAAGUAAAAACUAUACAAUGGCAGCAACAUUUUUUCAUACACACGUUCCUGAAGGGCGCGUGGGAGAAAACGUUUUUGUAUACGAAAGACAUUUAUGAUGCACAGUAUUGAAUGAAAUAAAAAUUCAAAUG